AGGGACGUGAAAGGUCCAUUACGCCCCCGAUCUCGAUCCGUUAUUUCCAAUUCAACAUUAGGGUUUUGCUUAUGCAACAUAUAAAUUGCGUACUCAGAGAAAUUUGAGAACUCUCUCCAUCGUAACUACCAAUUAGGUUUCUAACACAGAUUCAUAAACCCAAUUCUUGUAGAAGAAGACAUGGGGCACUCCAACAUCUGGAAUUCUCACCCGAAAAAUUAUGGCCCUGGAUCCCGCACCUGCCGUGUUUGCGGGAACCCUCAUGGAAUAAUUAGGAAGUACGGUUUGAUGUGCUGCAGACAAUGCUUCCGCAGCAAUGCUAAGGAAAUCGGAUUUAUUAAGUAUCGCUGAACUGUGUUGCCAUCGACUUUGCAGAGAGGGUGCUGUGAUUUAUUUAGUUGUAGCCAUUUAUUUUUAAUGGAUUUAGUUGAAAUGAUUUUUAUUCGGCAUGUUUAGACGCUCAUUUGAUGGUAAAUCUUAAGAUUUUGUUUUUAUUGGUUUGUUACUACCUUCUGUCACCAUGAUGUGGAAGUCUCAUUUUAGGCAUAAACUGGUGUGCCUCUUUAUAA